GCAGCUCAUUCCCACGAAUGAGAGCCAUUUUAUAACCUGUUUGGGAGUUGCUUUUUCUAUUCCGUUCCGUGGGCCUGCUUGCGUAAUCCUUUGCCUGUGAGCACUUUUGUUAAUCCGGUUACUGCUGCGGUUGUUUUCCGAGGAGGCGAGUUGUGGAGAUUAGGUUCUGAUUUGAUGCUUCUGGAUUGCUUAGGGAGGGUUACAGUGGUGGAUUUCUCUUCGUCUGGUGAUGAGAAUGUGGUGAGUGGCAUUGGCUGUGGAGGAGAUGUGUGUGUAUAUUGUAAGAGCGAGCAGGUGUAGGUAGUGGUGGUGGUUGUUAGAUAGGCUUCUUGUCUAACUCCGGCGGGAAUGAAAACCAAUGAUCUCACGUAAGAAGUCUUGGUUCGGUUCGAAUGUAUUACACAGAUCCAAAGUGCCAUUGUAAUAUGCGGAUGGAGAGUGAGCAAUUGGAAGACUCUGCAGCGGUAUCAUAAAGAUCUGAGAUUGCGUGAGAAUGUGGUUAGGGUUCAUUGAUCUUCUGGAGUAGCGUGGCCAAACCUAGCGUGGGACUUAAAGUUUACGAAGCUAUGAGGUGUACAAUGCUUCGCAAGAUCAUGUCCAGCUGCGUAGCAUGUUCGCAGAAUGGAUAAUCUCCCGUGAUUAUAAUCAUUAAGCCGUAGUGAUUUCUUGCACAAAUACGGCUUCUGACUGCGUGAGCGCACAGUGACGCUCUAGCUAUUCGACGGACCAGACUGAAAUGUUGAUAAAAUUAGACUGUAAUAGGUUACCAGCUGCUCUGCAGUGGAGUCUCUAGUGAAAUUGCGUAUUUUGUGCGGAUUGCGGGAGAGAAACUUCCCUGAGAAGCAGAGGUAUUUUCAAGAAACUUUUAUGGUCUGCAACUGCCCUACACAUUUGUUUCGAAAGUUUGAAGUAGUACAAGCCCUAUAUUUAUCAAUAUGAACACAGUUGACGAGCAGUCGUACCGGAUUGACAAGAUCAUGAAGCGAGGGGUAGGAAGCGGAAGCAGGGAAAACUUAUUGAGUAAGGCAUUUGCAGUAGAACAAGUCGCUGUACCUGUUCAUGACUCUCCUCCUUCGAGUUCAAACGAGGUGAAAUUGACCUGCCCUCCUCGUUUGCGGUUGUGGCGCGGAUUUGAAGAAUUGACAACAAGACAUUUUAUUAUUUCUAUCGUUUGUCUUCUCUCCAUAUUUGCGCUUUCAGGUUCUUUCAUGUUCACAAAUUCAGUGAGAUACUCAACCAAGUUGUUCGGAGGAAGCUAUAUUGAUUAUCGCCCGCAACUCAGUCUGUCCGACCAGAAUUCGUGGCCAUUCAAAAGUGCAUGGGAAAGAUCUGGAUUAGUGGACGACGAAGAUGAAGGUUCUGGUAAGGCUAACUUAGGUUCCUCGAGGUCUGGCUUGGACAAUGAGCAAAAUACCAAUGCUGGGGUUGGUGCUGGUCGAGAGGGGUAUGCUGGUGGUGGAGGUGGAACGGCACCUCCCGGAUGCACCGAGAGAAGCGCAAAGCUAAAGCUUUUUAUGUACGAUCUUCCUCCAGAGUUCCAUUAUAGCAUGCUCGUAGAGCAGGCUUACACUGGCGGACAAAUUUGGCCGAAAAAUAUUUCAGAUAUUCCACCUUAUCCCGGGGGUCUGUACCAGCAGCACAGCCCCGAGUACUGGCUUACGAACGACUUACUCACGUCAAAUAUGGCUGGACGGCAGUCUGCUUGUACAGCAUUCCGAGUAAAUGAUUGGAGAGCGGCAGAUCUUAUGUUUGUUCCUUUUUUUGCAUCGUUGGCCUACAACAGGUACACCAAGUCUGAACACAAAGUGGGCGGAGAGCUUGACUUAGUUGGUGAUAAGAAUCAGAAACUUCAAGAAAAACUGUUGAAGUUUCUGGAGCAGCAGCCAGCAUGGCAAGCUUCUGGGGGAUCUGACCACAUCGUUGUUAUUCAUCAUCCAAACAGCUUUCAUGCGAUGAGAAACUUUUUCAGUAAAGCCAUAUUUAUAGUAGCAGAUUUUGGUCGCUACCCCUCCGAAGUAGCCAAUUUGAGGAAGGAUGUCGUGGCUCCAUACAAACACGUAAUCCCUUCGUUUGUUGACGAUUCGACUCCAUUCGAAGAACGCGAGAUUCUUCUUUUUUUCCAGGGUACAAUCGUCAGAAAGCAGGGUGGCGUCAUACGACAGCAGCUCUACGAGAUGCUUAAAAAUGAAAAAGGAGUACAUUUCGAAGAAGGCUCUGCUGGUAGUGCUGGAAUCCAUAGUGCCACUACAGGCAUGCGGAGAUCCAAGUGUUGUCUCAAUAUUGCCGGUGAUACUCCUUCCUCUAAUCGCUUAUUUGAUGCAAUCGCAAGCCAUUGUGUUCCUGUCAUCAUCAGUGACGAAAUCGAACUACCAUUUGAAGAUGAAUUGGAUUAUUCUGGAUUCUCUAUCUUCAUCAACUCAACAGAUGCUGUUCAAGAGAAAUUUGUGAUCAAUCUGAUAAGGAGUGUUAGUAGAAAGGAAUGGAUGAGGCUUUGGAAGAGGUUGAAAGAAGUGUCUCUGCAUUUUGAAUAUCAGCAUCCUACGAAACCUUAUGAUGCUGUCAAUAUGGUAUGGAGAGCUGUUGCCCACAAAGUGCCUGGAGUGAAAUUACUACUUCACAAGCAACAGCAUUUCUCCAGGUCUCACCAAAGUUGAACAUGAAAAGAGGAGUCGAUUCAAGACGCUGAGCACCAAGCCAACUUGGUGUACGGAAAGGAACUUUAAAGAACUGUUUCGGCUAUUGCCAUCACAGUUUUUUUUCUUUUCUUUUCUUUUCUUUCAAGGAGCUGAAUUUCACCUAGGUUUCUUGCAUGUUCCCCUUGGAGGUGUAUUGAGAUAUUUGAAAUCCACGAAUGUAUGAUAAAUUUAUAGACGAGACCGCAUGGAGUAUCAAUCGAUAGAAAAGGCAGAGAUUGGCAGCACUAAUGAAAAUUGUAAAGCUCCAUAUUUCAUAUUGUAAAACUAAUGAUAUACAGGAUGUUUUCAACGUGA